AUGCUGUCCCAACGAAUCUUGACCCGCCGCCUGCCUCAGGUGGCCGCCCGCUACACCGUGCCUCGCGCCUCAUUCUCACAGGUCCGGAGUCUCAAAGCUGCGGAGGUGGACGAUCCUUUGCAGAACAACAACUACCAGAACCCUCCCCGUGUUAAGCGCGCCUUCAGAGACCCCUACGGCGAUUGGUGGGACAAGCAGGAGAGACGGAACUUUGGCGAGCCCGUUCACGAGGAGAACGAAAUUCUCGGUGUCUUCAGUCCCGAACAAUAUACCCACGUCACGGCUCGCAAAGGUCUCUUCCAGGUCGGAGCCUUCGUCGUAACCUUCCUGGGAUUGUGCGGUGUCGUCAGCAUGUUCUACCCCGACAAGCCCAGCGUUCCGAAGACCUAUCCCGAUGGCUUGGAGAAAGAGCUCGGUGGACCGGGUGCUGCUCCGGCUCGCAAGUCCAACGAGGCUAGCUGGUGA